CUUUACUGCAACACAUCUGUCAGCGCAGGAGCACUGGGGAGUUUGGACCUGCGUCUGAACUUUGUGUCCACUUUGAUUCAAAGUUUUACAGGGAACGACAGGCUCGUACGCACACAAUAGAUUAAGAGGAAGUGAAAUGUAAUAAUAGCUCGGCUUUUCGCAUGAACACGUUUUCAGUUCUCGUUCUGGAGUUUAUUAUUGUGUCCCGUGCGCAUUUACGCAUCAAGUGCAACAGUAACUCCAGACUUCAGCCUGUGUCUGCCAGUGUCCCUCUGAGAUGGAGUGAUCAGACGAGAUCAGCUUCAUUCUCCUCUUCAAGACACAGCAGAAGUCCAUCAUCAUCAUCAUCACAUGCUGCAAAUAUGAAGCAGAUCACUAAGCCCACCAGGAUCCCAUCAGAGAGUCACUUUAUAACAGCAGGGAGAGCUCGAUCAGCCAGUCGACAGCCGCCCUCAUUGGACAAGCUGCCUGAGCAGUACCUAAUUGGACAGUGGCCGCGAGAGCCGUACCAACCCCAGGCGUCCUGUAUGAGUGAUAAAGCCACACAGGUGAGUCAAUUGUAUACUGAAGAUGGAGGAGAGGUUAUUGUACACAAACGCUCGGCAUCAUGGGGCAGCGCUGACCAUCUCAUAGAGAUUGCAAAACUCCGUCAGCAGCUCCAGCGCAGUUUGCAGGGCAGCCACAGUAUCGAGGAGAAAGAAGAAGCGCCGGCCCAGUUUUUUCUUUGUAGCACUUGUAGAACACAAGGCUUUCCCAUUUUCUCCUGCCCAGACAGAAACAAGGUGAACUUCACUCCGAGCGGCUCGGCCUUCUGUCCAGUGAAGCUGCUGUGUUCAUCUCUUUUCCCGUCAGAUGAUGCUGCUCGCCCCAGUUCACUGGAUACUCAAACUUCAGGACAGACGUCUGGUCCAUUUACAGAGGCCUCAGUACAAAACAGCUUCCCGCUGCGGCCCGUGUCGUCAGAAUGCUGCAGUAUUAGGAAGUGCCUGCUGCUCAGUUAGCCAAUCACAGCUCAGAUCUCAAACAGCUGACUUUUCUAGGGAUUUUCUAGGAAAUGUAUUACUUGCUAAUGGUUGUCCAAAAGGACCAUCAUGUUGAACUUUGUCUUGGGGUUUCAUGUAAUUCUGCUGGAAUGCACAAAUCUUUACUUAACCUUACAGCACAUCCUACUAACCAGGUAAAACGCAUUAGAUACGACAGAUAAUCAACAGGCCAACAGCCAAAAAUCUGCUUCAUGCCUUAACACAUAACUCUGUGGCUGGACGAUAUAGCUAAUUAACUAUAUUUCAAUAUUUUAGUAUUUUGAUGAUUUUGUUUUUUUCCUGUAGAAGAAAUGAAAUUUCACCCAGUCAUUAUGUUGCCAGCAAAAGGAUUGCAAAUAUAUUGCACAUAUUCUAUAUGCUGCUCAGCCCUAACAUCCAUACGUUUAUUGAACAGUAUGGCUUUGUGUUUUUAGCCUCUU